AUGGCAAGCCCACCAAAGCUGAUAGUUUCGACAGAACGAGACGAAGAAUUUGAGAAAGCUCGCCACGAAGUCCUCCGAGCAAAUGCGUACAAGGCCUAUCAGGCAUUCGAAAAAGAGGUAAUUGAAAUUGCCGGGAAAGCAAAUGGUCUUGGAUCAUCUCGAUGGGCACGUGGAGAACAGAAGAACUAUAAAGUCACUCCAGGCGGUCCUAAGAAUCUCGACUUCGAUGACAACUCUUUAUGUAGGAAUACACCUUCAUUAUCAUCAAAGAUGAGCGUCCCCACAAAUGAAAACGACAUAGCAUCCAAACUUCUCAAGCUUGGUGGCCUAGAUAGUUCUCGCUAUGCUCCUAAAUUGAAUGGCAAUACUAGGAACCGACUUAACACGCAAGGCAGUUCCAGAGAGAAUGUCCCUAGAGUAUGUGCUACUGUCCUAACUCCAAGUAAGGGGAAGAGUAAAACUUCUUCGUUGAGUAGAUCAUCACAGUCGUUUGCCCCUAGAUCUCUCGAGGCAUCACCUUCCAGUGGUGGUGGAGUUUCUUUGGUCUCAUCUCCUACUGCUGUCGUCAAAAGUAUCACCGCCAAGAAGCCAACCCCGGAGAAGUUGUUUGAACAGAUGCUCCUUGCAGACUAUCAAAAGCGAAUGGGCAAGGUUCAACCAACCACUGCCACCGAAGCAGGCACCAAUGGUAAUAACAACGUCUCCGUCGCAAGCCAAGAGCCCUCAAAUGUCUCCAAGGCCAAUUCCAUGAUCGAGAAGAAGUCUGAUAACGUGCCGGUCGUCACCAAGACCGGCGGCUCUGCGCGUAGCGAGACCAACUCAUCAACUGGUUCUUCUCAAGCAAUCUCCGCUGUUCCUUCUACCAUGAAGAAAAACGUGUUCUUGGAGAUGCUGGCAAAGGCACAAACAGAGAAACAUCCAAAGCAAGCAUCUAUCCCAGCUUCUUCCAUCCUAGCUGCUUCUAUGUCAGGUUCUUCUAUUCCGGCUUAUAUCCCAGCUUUACCUUUGCCAAUUUCCCGAAAUGCUAGUGACGCAGGUAGCGAGCCACACAACUUAACUGAUCCUUCCCAGCCAGUCAUCUCUGGUCCUUCCAUGAUGAAAGAAAACGAGUUUAUGGCAAUGCUAAUCAAGGGAAAACAAGAGAAAGAUCUAAAGAGAACGUCGAUUGUUGAACCCCCGCUAAUAAUAAAAAAAGAUCCCAAAGGCACGUAUAACUUUCAAAACACACUUCCUUGGGUUUUCAGAGCUAAUGAACCCUUCCACAGUGAAUACCCAACAAAUACCACAACAAUGUCGAACAAGCCUCUCAUUCCGGCGCCGAUAAACAAAUGGACCACUGCUAAGUUGACCCAAGGAAAGGCUCUAUGCAAGGCAGAUGAAGACUUUCAAACAUUCCUCGCGAACAAGACGGCUGUGCCUGCUGAUGCGGCAAGAACACAACAACAAACUGUUCUCAAGCCUUUAUCACCAAAAACAACCCCAAGAAAGCCAACACAAACCGAAGCCUGUGCAGAAAAACGCAAGUUAGCUGCUGGUCAAGCCGAAUUCGAUGCACUUCUGACUCGUCGCUUCGCAAAUACCCCAACCUCUCCACCCGCAAAACUGCCUAUCAACAAGACCAAUACUCAAGAUUCUGCGCCAAAGAGUGAUGUGGAAGUCUUUGCCAUUCCAGAAGCUACCAUGCAAAAUGCUCAAGCCAUUCUUUUGGAGUUGAAGACAGCAAUCAACGACGGUGUUACUAAUGUCCCGAUCAUCAAGAAGGAGAAUUUCAUCAACACAAAUUCUGUUGACGAGAAUGUCAUCAGCGCAUUGAACACAGUCGAUGACACACCCGUAAAUACUACUGGCAAAUUGGCAGUUCUCAAGGGCGAGUCAUCUCAGGACAAGAUUUCGCAUGUUGCUGUUCACAGCUUUACACCAAAUGAGAAUGAGAAUGUCAUUCAUGCCGACACACAAGUCAACAAUCCGUUCAAUGAUAAGCUCAUGACGAAGAAGCAAGCUGGCAGCUUAGUUUCUUCGCCUCCAUUUUGGUCAAUCUCUAGCUUUUCUGAUAUUGGCGAUAAGAUGGGCAACACCGUCGUUGAUCCAAAAUUCAAGGAAGGUGUUCGUGUAACUGCAACGCAAGAUGCCAAUGUAGUCUUGGGCGAUUGGGACGGUAGCUGGUGUGCGCCACCAAUCUGGGAGGAACGUGGAAGCUUCGAUGCCGCUUACAUUCCCUCUUAUAUCCAAGAGUGGUCUGCUGCGGUCAGCCCUCAACGCCCAGUCACUGUCACUGUCGACACUUCUGCCGAAGGCUUCAUAUCUGGAGAAGAUCUUGUCAAUAACGUCAUUCUUUCAAAGGCGCCGAAGCAUGAGCCUACCAUUCCUGAUACCUUGAGAUCCACCAAUGAGCUCAAGAGACUUAAUCAGACUUCUGGCCAGGAUGCAAUGGCUCUCACCAAGAAAUAUGAGAAGGCCCAAAAGGCACGAGAACACUCUAUCAUCGCAGACAAUGCUCACCAGCAAGCGCUUUUGGCAAUGGAGCCUGCACCAAACCCAUACGCUCCUAAGAUCGAGAUUUAUCUCCGACCUGCCACCGAAGCUGAUGCAAAGCAAAUAUUACAGAUCUACAAUCAUUACAUCACCGAAUCCUACAUUCCAGAGGAUCAAGAGCCUCUCACAGAGAGUGAUAUUCUAUUCACCAUCGAGAUCACCAAGAAAGACAAGCAUCCUUUCGUCGUUGCCGUCAAAGGUCGUAUCCCAGCACAAUCCGCGAAUCCAAAAGUCAAGACCAAGAUACCACAGUACGAAAACGUCAUUGGCUUUGGAUAUACCGAGAUGCGUGGUUGUGGUAUCGCUGGAAAACCUACUGGUCGAUCUAGGUACACACACAAUAUGCACUUUUACGUUCACCACGAUUACACUCGCAAGGGUGUUGGUGGAUGUAUCUUAGAUCGACUCCUUCAAGUUUCAAGCCGUGCUUGGGCUGGUCAUGAAGGGUAUGACUGGCUCAACCAUAAUAAUGAUCCUGCCUAUGAUCAUGGUGGUGGUUCUCGUUGUCAUCAAAUGAUGAUCGAGCUUCCUGUUCUCAGAAAGAAUGACCCAAAUUACAAAUGGAAGACGGAUUUCUUGAGGAAGUUUUGGUUCAUUGAGGAAUUUCGGCUCAAGAGUGUUGGUCGAACUUCUAUAACACAGCGUGCAGGAGAGUGGCUCGAUAUUGUGCACUACCAAUUUGAAACUGAACAUGAAGCCGAGUUCACACCUUUUGUCUAA